AUGCAACCUGAGAGUGUGGGGAUUCAGGAAACCAAAGUGAUUGAAUUAUACUUCCAUGUUGCAACUAUCAACCACAUUGCUGCAGGACACCCAGCUCCAUUUAUGCCCUUCGAUCCCAGAAGGACAGGUUUUGAUCUUGAAACACGGAACACAUAUCAGAUCCAUUUUUGGGAGGAAAUGUACGAAGUUGUUUCCCAGUCAACGGAAAGACAACGCAUAUAA